AUGCCAGACGACACAAACGACCCAUCCUCGACAGCGUCGUCCACACAUCCCCGUCAGAAACAGCAUCACAAGCCAAACGUGCGUUCAAGAACAUCCCCGCCUCCGGGGGAACAAGACGCCAGACCUCCAACAAAGCGUGCAAGGAAGGCCAUCAACUGCGAACCUUGCAGAAACAGCAAACUCAAGUGUGACAGAAAUCGACCUUGCUCCAGUUGUGUCCUCCGAGGCACCAUUGCACUUUGUUACCAGGAUGCCCCAUUACCGUGCAGAAACGCCAGUAGAGUAGACCCAAUGCAAGAAAUUGUACGACUAAAGCACUCCGUCUCCCUUCUGGAGACAUACAUCAUCGCAAACCACCGUCCAGGCAACCCAUCUCUCCCCCCACAUCUUAAACGCACACUCGACAAUCCAUCCAAUUUGAUAUCACCUAAGAAAGAAUCAACAGAUGGUGAAAAUUCAGACAAGGACAACGCCCCAGGCAUGCUGGGAAGCCAUGGUCACCAGGGCUUUUACGCCGGCCCAACUGCCGCAGUCACCCAUCUUGCUCUGGGCGACGUAAGCAGACAGUCAGAAGAAGGAGAACGACAUCCAAGCCAGGACUUCAUAGAUGACUUCACGGCCUCUAACGAAUAUGACAAGGACCUCAUUGCACACCUACCCAGUAUCGAAAUCAUGGACGGCCUCGUUACCUAUUAUUUUGAAUACUGCAACUGGAUAUACAGACAUGUCAAUCGUCCCGCAUUUACUGCCGCAUGGGAACGAUUCAAGACCGGCGCAUCCGCAGACCGCAUCACACUCGCCUACCUUAUGCAACAAACGCACCAGGAGCUGGGUAGAAAAUUUUACGAAGUCAUGCGCACAGCGCUCAAUCGACAUCGUGCGGAGUGCAAAACUUACAGUCUAGAACUGGUCGAGUGCUUACUCGUCCGUUGUCACUAUCUCACCCUCAGCAAAACCGAUAGCGAAGAAAUAUGGACUGUCCGCGGUGAGCUUAUUGCUAUCGGCACUGCGAUGGGUCUCCAUCGUGAUCCUCUCAAAUGGCGCAUGUCCAGGGAGGUCGCAGAGAGACGUCGGUGGGCCUGGUGGCAUAUCAUCUUGCUAGAAAGAUGGCAAGCAUUCAUGUUCGGUCGCCCCCUAGCGAUCGCAUCCCAUCAUUUUGACACACAAUUACCCAGUGCAAAUGACCCCGUCCAAUACCCCUCCGAACCGCGCAUAUAUCUUCCCAAUCUUGCACUUUUCCGCCUUGCCUAUAUCCUGGGUGACAUCAUGGACAGCGCCGUGUCGCUUCGGCCCGUUCCGUACGAAGUCGUACAGGCCAACGACCGCUCGCUGACGCAAUGGAUGGACUCACUACCCUCGGAACUCGAUUUAGACGAGUUCAAGGUGGCACGAAGCCUAGCAAGCCCGGAUGUGACUACCCGUCGAAUCGGCGUGCAGAGCGUCAUCAUUCGCACUAGCUACUAUCAUAUUCGUUUCACCCUUCAUCGCCCCUACGCUACUGCACCCUCCGGAGGUCCCAAGACCCCUAAGGACGGCGACAAUGAAUCACCGUCGGCUACCGCAAACGGAAAGGACCUCAAGGCUGCCAACUCGCUCGAUAUCGCUGUCGGGUCUGCCGACAAGUUAAUUACCCUGGUAGGUCAAGCACGUCCUGACUUCCUUGCCAAUGCUUCGCUUGCAGUGCCCGGUCACAUGAACUGGGGUCCAUUCCAUGUAUUUAGCGCCGCCAUGUUCUUCUCAUUCCAACUCGUCGCGAAUCCGGAGCAGCCUGGUGCAUCGUUAUUCAGGGCGAACAUCCAAAAGGCGCUCACAACACUGGAGCUGAGCCGGGGUGCACCCGUUGCGGACAAGGCACUUGAUAUCCUGCACGCCCUCGCACCAUUGUAUUCGCCGGACUUUGCAACUGAGGACGAGGGAGAAAGAGAACAGAAAAAGUUGCGGGUGUUGGGUCUCGUCAAGACGCUUGCAUUCCCCUAUCAUGAUUCGCCGAAAUACCCUCGCACGAACUCUCUCGACUCGCCGAAUGCAAUGGGAAGUGGGAACGGGAGUUCGCCUGGAACGGGACAUUCUGGCAGCCCGCAAGCUUACCACCGAGGUUCGACAGAUUACGGUAUGGGCGUUGGCAUAGGCGGCGUGGGCAUGAGCACCUUGACGAGGGGGCUUCCGCCUACUGGGCCGCCGUCAUCGACGCCGCUCGUGGGCUACACCGCCAGUCCUUCGUCCUACACAGACGCCAAUACAGACAAUGGUACCGUCUGUGUCACCCCCUUACCCGUUGCGGGAUACUCUGAUUCGCGAACCACAAAUAACCCCGGUUCCAGCGAAUCCAGCGGAGGGACAGCGACCAAUACACCGUAUGCGGAUACAUACAGUGCACGCGGUACGACCCACCCUCCACCUCCAUAUGAUCCCUCGCCGUCGCGGCAUUAUACAGUCUCUGCGCGCCAGCCGUAUGCUGAUUCUUCGCGGCAGCCUUACGUCGCUGGGGGGGAUCCAGGACAUCACCAUAGUGGUGCCAGCGGAAGGUAUACUGGAGGUGGUAGUGGGUACGCCGGGGGGACAGGGGGAGGGGGAGUAUAUCAUGCCGUCGAAAGUGAGACAAUGUGGGGCGCUUCUGUGAGCCAGUCGGAGUGGGUCAAUUUCUUGAACGCGAUGCAGCGACCAGGGGGUGGGAGGGGGUAG